AUGCUCACUCAAAAUUUGAUUCUCAACUGGACUACGAGAAUGAAUUUUCCAUUGAAGGUACGCAGUACAUCACUUCAAUUAAACUGCAGACUGCAGGAGUAUUUCAAGAACAACGAGUUUGUAAAUGCACUCUCACUGUUUGAUGCCUGCUGCUUUAAAUCCCAAACGUGCAUAUUUUUGGCCUGCAAGUUUGAAGACAUACACGGAUAUUUGAACAGAAUAAUACACAAAGUAGGGGAAUUUUCAAACAGAUUCUAUUUAGAUAGGAUUUUAGAGUUUGAAGCAGAAAUUCUCGAGUUUCUCAAGUUUGAUUUUAACUGUGUAAAUUUGUAUCAAAGUGCACUGGCCGUUAAGUUUUUAGUUGAAAAGCAGAAUCCAAACACAGGCAUUCAAUGGGAGUACAUUCUUUUAAGAUUAAACAAGAUAUUCUGCAUUGUGGAUUUGACCCAGUACUUAAUGGAGGCUGUUCUGGCUGCAUUCGAACAGGACUCAAUCAUUUGUCUGGGUUUAAAGUACAAUAAAAAGAUCAUGGCAGAAAUCAAAGCUAAAUCAAAGAACGUGGAUUUUAUUUUAGACCAAGAAAUUCAAGAACGAUGCGAAAAGGCGGUUCAGAAUUAA